CCGACAGCUCCAAGGCCGAAUCUCCGUAAGCGAUGCAACAAGGUAAUGAGUGCUGCGCCAAGCUACACGUUUUUUGCCCUUCUCAUCACCAGCUCACGGAAAAUCAAUGACCAUGCUUGCCGAAUGGGUUGUACAUCACGCGGUACCACGUGGAGCAGCCAAACCAAUGGUUUCCAGCGCGAGUCAUUGUUUGUUGCUAUGCACGCAGCUCGUCAUGACUGUACCUGGAGAGUUACAUCGCUACUCACUCACUCAGCAGCUACUGCCUGCACAUAUCCAAUUCGGCGUCGACGCGGGUCUAUAGGAUGCAAGCGAUCUUACUCACUCUUGGGAUUCCAUCGGGAGGAUUGGUGGGCGACCAAGUGCACAAAUGCCAAACCGUGA